AAUUAUAACAACUUUAUCUUCGCGGCCGAAACGCAUUUUAUUGUCAAAUACUCACAUCUUGGAUAUUGUAUUCAGUUAUUCGCAUUCAAACAGCGGAACAGUUUCACUUUGUGAUGAAAAAUGUGACGUUUGAGGAGCUACCCGGAGAGCGCUUCUGUCCCCCCGAAAGGAUUUACUAUAUCGAAUCGCAUCUUUUCAUCCUGGAAAAAAAGUUUUUCAUCAUUUUGUUUUCUUCAGUUUUUCUUUUUUGAUUCGGCGGAGCAAACCGUUUGUCCCCGUGUCGCGAUUUUCCAUGCAAUCGUGCGGUGUGUCGGUCGCCGUUGCUGCCUGCGCUGCUGCUCGGAGUCUCGGCUCGGCUUCUUCUGGUGGUGAUGAGGGAAAGAAAAUGGCGGCGGGAAAAGCGAGUGAAACAGAGGAGGACUUUCCGACACUGACAGCCCAGGAGAGGGACAGUUUGGUCGGGAUCGACAGCUCACUGUUUGGAUUUCAGAAGCUUCAUGAAGAUGGCGCCAGAACGAAGGCCCUGUUGAUGAAGGCUGUUCGCUGCUACGAUUCGCUCAUCCUUAAGGCCGAGGGCAAAGUGGAGCCAGAGUUGUUCUGUCAGCUUGGCCACUUUAACCUCCUUUUGGAGGAUUACCCGAAAGCAUUAUCGGCAUACCAGAGGUACUACAGUUUACAGUCAGACUACUGGAAGAAUGCUGCCUUUCUGUAUGGCCUGGGAAUGGUCUACUUCCACUAUAAUGCCUUUCAGUGGGCGAUCAAAGCAUUCCAGGAGGUGCUGUACAUCGACCCAGGGUUCUCCCGGGCCAAGGAGAUCCACCUCCGCCUGGGUCUCAUGUUCAAGGUCAACACAGACUAUGAGUCAAGCUUAAAGCAUUUUCAGCUGGCUUUGAUUGACUCCAACCCCUGCACUUUGUCCAAAGCUGAAAUUCAGUUCCACAUUGCUCAUUUGUAUGAGAUUCAGAAGAGAUACCGGGCUGCCAAGGAGGCCUACGAGAGCCUCCUGCAGACGGAGGAUCUUCCUGCACAGGUGAAGGCCACUACCCUGCAGCAGCUAGGCUGGAUGCAUCACACAGUGGAACAGCUCGGGGACAGAGCCAGCAGGGACAGCUAUGCCAUCCAGUGUCUGCAGAAAUCUCUGGAGGCCGACCCAAACUCUGGACAGUCCUGGUACUUCCUUGGCAGGUGCUACUCUAGUAUUGGGAAGGUCCAGGACGCAUUCAUCUCUUAUCGGCAAUCCAUUGACAAAUCAGAGGCCAGUGCGGAUACCUGGUGCUCUAUAGGGGUGUUGUACCAGCAGCAGAACCAGCCCAUGGACGCUCUGCAGGCCUACAUCUGCGCCGUGCAGCUGGACCACAGCCACGCCGCCGCCUGGAUGGAUCUGGGCACGCUGUAUGAGUCGUGCAACCAGCCGCACGACGCCAUCAAGUGCUACAUCAACGCCACACGCAGCAAAGGCUGCACCAACACCACGGCACUUGCCCACCGCAUCAAAUGCCUGCAGGCUCAGUUGAGUAACCCCCAGCUCAGUAGCCUACAGAGUAAAAGUAAAAUGCUCCCUCUUAUUGAGGAGGCAUGGAGUCUGCCAAUCCCAGCUGAGCUAACCUCCAGGCAGGGAGGCCUGAGCAGUGCACCACAGCAGGCUUGUAAGCCCAAUCACAGUGCAGAGGGCGGAGGCUCGGGUCAGUCUCUGCCUCCUCACGUGGGCUCACUGGGCCAAGCCGAGGACCAGUCCUGCCCAACCAAGAGGAAGAGAGCCUCCAGCCCUGCCAAGGGCGAUUCAUGGGCCAGUAACUCAGCACAGCAGCCAGUUCCCAACUGGUACCUCUCCCCGCAGAAACUACAGGUGCUGGAACAGUUGCGGAGUAACCGGGCCAGCCUGAAGCCCCCACAGCUUCAGAUGUUGGGGCAGCUUGAGGCUCAGCUCGCCAUGAUGCAGCAGCACCAGCACCAGAUGAGACAGAAUGCCUCAGGAGGUCAGGUGCGCCUCUCCCUGCCCAACGGCCCCACCACCAACUCCCUCCCCUCCCCAAACCCCAGCCUCCACCCCACCCGGCCCCUCCUUGGACCCCAUCGGCCCCUCUGCCCACCUCAGCCGCUGGCCAACGGGCCCAUGGGCCCUGGGCCACACGGACACUCAGAAUCCCUCCCCGUGGGUAGUAACAGUAGUAGUAAUAAUCAGUCAGGGCCCACGGCCACAGGACCCAACGGAGACGUGCCUUAUCUGCAAGCUGCCGGCAGCGGCGACGCAGCACUGCUACCUCACACCUGCACAAGCACGCAAACACAGGACACCACACCGCGCCAGGCCCUGCACCUAAACUCCUCUCAGGGGCUUCAGAAGGGAUCUGUUCCACAUGCGACGGGCUCCAAUACUGAGGGGACCCUCUCUCACCCCCAGACACCCAACUCCACCGCCCCUGUUCACCCCAACAAUCAGGUUGGACAUUCCACUAAUGCCCCAUCGCCACGGCAGCAGGCUCACAACCAUCUCCCAUCGCCACCCUCCCUGCCCCCCUCCUCUACCUCAGGUGGAGCAGCAGCUGGUGCGUCCGCUACCAAAGAUAGUAACACCGCAGCCGCCCUCGCCACGGCAGCCGCCGCCCUCGGCAAUGGGGGCUCUGAGAGCAAGGUGCCGUCGCCGUUGCCAUCAGCUGAUGGCAAAACGCCGCAGGCAGAUGGCUUGGCCAAUCACGUACACUCUGGGGAUGGUGGCAAGGCGGCAGAGGGCGGCGAAAAGCAGAGCCUUAGCGCAGACAAUCCUAGACUAUCUGCCCUGCUGGCAGGGGGGAAGGGCCCCGAGGAGGGUGAGGGACCGUCAGAAGGGACUGCGUCCACAGCAUCUGCCACACCCGAGUCCCACAAGAAAGUCAACAACAUCCACCCGGCCGCCCUGCCCUCCACCCCCCAUGCACAGGGCAGCUCAGCUGCCUCGUCGCCCAUCUCUGCCAUGUCCACCGCCACACCCUCGCCCAAAUCCUCAGAACACACCCAAACAGGCGCCCAUAGUCCCUCUGCCACCGCCACCACCACCAACAACAACAACACCACCAACAACAACAACACCACCACCACCACCACCACCACCACGACCCCCACCACAACCACUGCACCUGCUGUGAACGGUAACGGCAAAGGAGGCAUCUCUGAGGACUCUCAAAGCCCACUAAAGGCUGAGCCGCCCACCGUCACCAGUCUUAAAGCUACGCCCCCACACGGACACAGCUCCUCCUCAUCGUCAUCGUCGUCAUCUUCAAUAUCCAUCUACCCCAGCUCCACAGACGUGCUGAAGGCCUGCAGGAAUCUGGGGAGGAACGGUCUCUCCAACAGCAGCAUCCUCCUCGAUAAGUGCCCCCCGCCCCGGCUGCCCCCUCCUCCCUCACCAGCCCUGCCCAAAGACAAGCUGAACCCUCCUACACCCAGCAUCUAUCUAGAGAACAAGAGGGAUGCUUUCUUCCCCCCUCUGCACCAGUUCUGCACAAACCCCUCCAACCCUGUCACUGUCAUCAGAGGACUGGCUGGAGCACUCAAACUGGACUUGGGCCUGUUCUCCACUAAGACGUUGGUAGAGGCCAACCCGGAGCACCUGGUGGAGGUCUGGACUCAGCUCUCUCAGCCCGCUGAUGAGAACUGGGACCCAACAGGCAUCAAGAAGAUGUGGCGCUGCGAAAGCGCUCGCGCCCACACCACCAUCGCCAAAUAUGCCCAGUAUCAGGCUGCUUCCUUCCAGGAGUCCCUACGGGAGGAAAAUGAGAAGAAGGCACUAAAGGAGCCCUCGGACACAGAGCCAGCGUCAGCAGAGAGUGUUGCCCGCAAAAGAAGGGGCCCCUUAAAGCACAUCAAGUUUGGAACCAAUAUCGACGUGUCGGACGAAAGGAAGUGGAAACAACAACUCCAGGAGCUCAGUAAACUACCAGCCUUCGCCCGAGUUGUUUCCGCAGGCAACCUGCUCAGCCACGUGGGCCACACCAUCCUGGGUAUGAACACCGUUCAGCUCUACAUGAAGGUCCCCGGGAGCAGGAUACCAGGUCACCAAGAACACAAUAACUUCUGCGCCGUCAACAUCAACAUCGGACCAGGAGACUGUGAAUGGUUUGCAGUACCAGAGCCCUACUGGGGAGUGAUGAGCAACUUCUGUGAAAAGAACAACAUCAACUUCCUGAUGGGCUCGUGGUGGCCCAACCUGGAGGACCUGUACGAGGCGGACGUGCCCGUCUACCGGUUUAUCCAGCGUCCAGGCGACCUGGUGUGGCUCAACACCGGCACUGUCCACUGGGUGCAGGCCAUCGGCUGGUGCAACAACAUCGCCUGGAACGUAGGACCUCUCACCGCCCACCAGUACAAGCUGGCUGUGGAGCGUUACGAAUGGAAUAAGCUCCAGAGCGUCAAGUCCAUGGUUCCCAUGGUGCACCUCUCCUGGAACAUGGCACGCAACAUCAAAGUGUCCGACCACAAGCUGUUCGAGAUGAUCAAGUACUGCUUGCUGCGGACAUUGAAGCAGUGCCAGUGGGUGAAGGAGGCUUUGGCGUCAGCCGGCAAGGAAACGGUGCUGAGGCCGAGGACAAGGGACGAGCCGGCCCACUACUGCACCAUCUGUGAGGUGGAGGUGUUCAACCUGCUCUUCGUGCGUCGUGAGCUCCUGUCCAAGAAGCAGUACGUGGUCCACUGCCAGGACUGUGCCAGGAAAGGCAGCGCCACGCUGGACGACUUUGUGGUGCUGGAGCAGCACCGGAUGGACGACCUGAUGCAGGUCUACGACCAGUUCACAUUAGCCCCUCCUCUUCAUUCAUCUUCAUCUUGACAUUAGGUGACACCUCUUUUUUCUUCUUCUGCUGAGGAGCCAUGAAGCCCGUUCACAGGAACUUGUAUUAAGAUGAAAACAAACAAAAAAACAGAACAAACAUCUACAUACGCGGACCAUUUCUGAUAUUCAGGAAAGCCAAGGCCGUCUCCCCACCCCUCACCACAUGGCUGGUCUCCAUAGCGACGGCUGGAGGCUGAGUCGGCCGAGUGUGUCUGUCUAUGCAACCUGUUUUGAAGUGCUGGAGCCUUGCCCUUCCAGGGGGGGGCGCCAUCGAGCUCGCUAACAGGACUUCUUUUUCCUCUCCUUUUCCCUCCCAGCCCCCUCUAGUGACAAUGGUUCCGCCCUGUUUUAAUGGAGGACUUAAUCAAAAACGGUUGGGAACAGAGGGAGGAGUGGGAUUCUUAAUGCGUGAUAAAAAAUGUUUUGUAGAUACUUGUUAACUGUCACAACUGGCAACACCACCCGUAAAAGACUACUGACUUGACAACCUUCUCUCUCUCUCUCUCCCCUCUUUCCCUCUCCCUGAUUUUCUUUUUCUAUUCUGGUAACAGGAUGAAAUCGUUGGCUUUUUCUUUCUUGAAUCCCCCCCCCACCACCCCAAACUCUUCUUCUGAUUUCCCUCUAAGGAGCACUAGCCUAACUGGUCUUUUUUCUAUGGUAGAUAGUAAUUUUAAGACUCUUUCGACAGCAAAAUCUCCAAAAAAAUUUCGUAAUGUGAAGAGUUUAGGUGAUUAUCUCUUUUCUUUGCUUUCUUUCUUUCUUCUUCUUUUUUUAUUUUACAUUAGGUUUUAUCUUUGUCUCGUUCUUUUUCAAAACUAUGAUGUUUUGUUUGUUUCUUAGUUAAAAAAAAAUGGAAAAAUUAAAAAAAAAAAAAAACUUACUAGCCAAGUCACAAAGAGAAUGGGUUGCACAUAGACUUAUGAAAAAAAGUUUAAUUUGUGAUUAUUUUUUUUGUUGCGUUUUGUUUCUAAUCUUGAUGUAAAUUUACACUAUUUAUAAAUACAUAUUUAUUGCUUGAAAAUAUUUGUUGAUGGAAUGCUGUUAUUUUUUCCAGAGUACCUGCCAUUAAAUUUGAAGGAGUUUUGUCAUUUUAACACGACUCCUCUUACAUUUUCUAUAUAUAAAUAAAAUUGCUUAGCAAGCAUUGUACAGAAAAACGGACAUUUAAAAUUGUUUUAUUGUUUGAAGAAUGUUUUAUGAUGAGUCAAUAAACACAAAGUUGUCAAAUUA